GGCCGGCCGUGGGGGGCGGGGGGGCGGGAAGCGCCUGGGGGCGGCAGAGCCCAUGUCGGCCUUGAGGCGCUCGGGCUACGGCCCCAGUGACGGCCCGUCUUAUGGCCGCUACUACGGGCCUGGGGGUGGGGAUGUGCCGGUGCACCCGCCUCCGCCCAUCUACCCCCCGCGCCCCGAGCCUCCCCAGCCUCCCAUUUCCUGGCGGGGGCGCGGGGGCGGCCCGGCGGAGACCACCUGGCCGGGGGAAGGCGGAGGAGGCGAUGGCUACUACGCGUCUGGAGGCGCCUGGUCAGAGCCGGGUCGUGCUGGCGGAGGCCACCAGGAGCAGCCACCAUAUCCUAGUUACAGUACUAGCUAUUGGAAUUCUACUGCCCGACCUCGGGCUCCUUACCCAAGUACAUACCCUGUAAGACUGGAAAUGCAAAGCCAGAGUUUGAAUUCUUAUACAAAUGGGGGAUAUGGCCCACCAUACCCCACUGGCCCGGGGUCAAAUACUGCCUCAUACCCUGGGGCCUAUUACACACCUGGGUAUGCUCAGACCAAUUACUCCACAGAGGUUCCAAGCACUUAUCGUUCACCUGGCAACAGCCCAGCCCCAGUCUCCCGUUGGAUGUACCCCCAGCAGGACUGCCAGACUGAAGCACCCCCUCUUAGGGGGCAGGUUCCAGGAUAUCCUGCUUCACAGAACCCUGGAAUGAGCGUACCCCAUUACCCUUAUGGGGAUGGUAAUCGUAGUGUUCCACAACCAGGACCAACUGUUCGACCCCAGGAGGACUCAUGGGCGCCUCCAGGUGCUUAUGGAAUGGGAACCCGGUACCCCUGGCCUUCAGCUGCGCCCUCAGGACCACCGGGGGGUCUCUACAUGAACGAGGGCACUUCCUCAUGGCCUAGCAGUGGCUCUCCUCAGCCACCUGCUUCACCGCCACCCCCACAGCCUAAGGACGACUCCUACACCUACAGCCCGCCAGAGCGAGGCGUGAGCCGGCACAGCUUCCCUUGCAGCGCCCAUCAGUACGAGCCCGCGGGGUCAGUGAGCGAUGCCAGUUCAGAGCUUUCGGAUCCCCAGGUCCAGUAUAGUGCCGAGCCUCAUCUGUACGGUGAUGCCACCCACGGACAUCCCAGCACUCAAGACCAGGGCAAUCAUCUUGCUGAAGAGGGUUUAUCUUCAGAUGAAGGGACUCCCCCAAGCAUUAAAAAAAUCAUACACGUGCUGGAGAAGGUCCAGUAUCUUGAGCAAGAAGUAGAAGAGUUCGUAGGAAAAAAGACAGACAAAGCCUACUGGCUUCUGGAAGAGAUGCUAACCAAGGAACUUCUGGAACUGGAUUCAGUUGAAACUGGGGGCCAGGACUCCAUCCGGCAGGCCAGGAAAGAGGCGGUUUGUAAAAUCCAGGCCAUACUGGAAAAAUUGGAAAAAAAGGGAUUAUGAAGGGAUUUAGAACAGAAGGGGAGCCUGUUACUAACUCGACCAAAGAACUCUUGAUUUUGGUUAAUUACCUUCUUUUGAAAUGCCUGUUGACGACAAGAAGCAAUACAUUCCAACUUUCCUUUAAUAGAAAACUUGAAAAACUGGUAAAGGACUUGGAAGAACAGUUGGGUUAUGAGUUGUUUUCAGACCAGUGAAUGUAUUAGGGAGCUCUUGGGUUAUUGGUAUUGCCAAGUAGACUUGCCCAGUAAGAAAUAUAUGGGUGGAAAAAAAAAAAAGAAAUACAUGGGUGUCCUGGGCAAGCUGCUGCUUAUCAGCAGGAGGGGAAUUCACCUUAUGUAACAGGCUCCUCAGAAACCUACAGGAUAAGACUGGAUGUUCUUUGGACAGGCUCUGUUUUUUUAAACAUCUGGAUUACUUGUCACAUUUUUGUACAUUGUAACUGCUUUCACCGUACACUCUGUGUGUAAAUUACAGCUUGGACUUUAGCCUCCUUGGACCUCUGUUUUGUUUUGUUAUUUGCAGUUCACAAAUAUAGUAUGAUUCUCUAUUUCUUGGUAUAUUUUGUAGUAAUAUGUUUAAUAUAAUUACUCAAGAGACUGUACUGACAGCCAGAUAGUAUGGCAGUUCUGGAUAAAUUUGUACCCUUUCACCACUUGAAUAUAUUGCACUGUGUAGUGAGUUUCUGAGGUAGAUUGUCUCCUUUUUUUGUAUAGAUUAUCAGGUUAGAGUUUUACCACUUCUAUUUUUCUUGUUACCAUCAGAAGGUUAAUUUGGAAAUGGCAUGCCUAUAGGAAUGAAAAUGUGGGCAUAUUCUUUUUUGUUUUCUUCAUUGUAUUUAGAUGAAGCUUCACUUUAAAAUUUCCUCCCCCCCCCCAUUGUCUUUUUACUAUAGCUGCUUCCAUACGGAGCAAUGUGAUGAACACAAAUGAAAAACGCCAUGGCGAGUAGGAAUAGUCACUGCAAAAGUAAUAAGCACAACCAUUUGGGAAUGCUAUUCUCCAUCUAAAAUAGUAGCUUCACCAUCAGGGUCCCUAUGAGCAGACUUCAGCUCAGCUUAUCUGCAGCUUCACCAUCAGGGUCCCUAUGAGCAGACUUCAGCUCAGCUUAUCUGCUCAGUGUACAGUAAGGUAUGCAGAGGGUAAAAGGGGAUUCAUGCUCUGGGGCUGAAUCAGCCACAGCGGGAAAUUAUGUUCUUUUAAAGGCAGAUGUGAUGGUUAGCUUUGUUUCCCUAGAAUAAAUUGUGUAGACAGUAUUGCCUGUUUUAUAAAAAAGAUGUUUACCACCACUAAUAACAGUCACUUCAGAGCCACAGUUAAGGAAGCGAUACUGAAAGGGUCUUAGCUGGAUUUGUUUGGAUGGUGGUUGUUCACUCACUCAGUCGUGUCCGACUCCUAUGCAAAUCCAUGCACUGUAGCCUGCCAGGCUCCUGUGUCCAUGGGAUUCUCCAGGCAAGAAUACUGGAGUGAGUUGCCGUUUCCUUCUCCAGGGGAUCUUCUCUUCCCUGGGAUCAAACCCAUGUGUCCUGCAUUGGCAGGAGGAUUCUUUCCUCCUAAGCCACCAGGAAAGCCCUUUGCUUGGGUGGCUCUAAGCUGUCAUGUAGAAGAGACUUAGGUACUUACUUUUUACAUCUGAAGUGAGUUCCAGUAUAUAGUGUGUUAUUGGAAAACCUGCUAUUUCUUAAUAAGAUAUCCAAGUGAUAAUGUGUUUUUUUCCCCUUUUGACUGCCAGGUCUAUUAAUAAGAAAACAAAUCUUUCAGCCAUUUUCUCUCCUUAUUUAAAAAAAACAAAAACCAAUACAAACAUAUGAUGAGAAGAAUUAAGAGUAAAAAUAGUGACUGGGUCUUAGGUUGGUAUGAGUGAUUUUAUGAGAUAAUAUGGUGCCAAUUUUAUUCAAGGAUUUUUAUUUGUGGCCUAAUAUAGGAAUGUUAAAGGCUUUUUUAUGAAAAUUUAAAAGUUGAAACAAAUAUUAGAAGGGGGAGAACCUUAAAGCUCAUAAACCAGUGAGACAAUGACUGAUACAGGCAAGAACACUAUUUUUUAACUGAGUACCCACAAUACCAGUUUCCCUGAAGUCUUGAUUUAUUUAUAUACACAUACAUAUGUGUAUAUGUUUUUUAACAGUUAUUUAAAAAAAUUUUUUAGAUAAUUUUAGACCUCCUGAAGAGUUGUAAAAACAGCAGUUUCUGUAUACUCUUCACUAAUGAUCCCUUUAUAUUAACAUCUUACAUAACUAUAAAACAUUUGUCAAGUUAAGAAAUUAGCCAUGAUACAAUACUAUUAACUAAAGAGAGAGUUUGGGAAAGUAGAGAUUUUCUUAGUCUUUUCACUAAUGCCCUUUCUCUGUUUCAGGAUCCAAUCCAGGAUCCUGCCUUGAAUUUAGUUGUCAUGUCAUCAUAGUGUCCUCUGAUCUGUGACUGUAUCCUUGACCCCUGAUGCGUUUCUUCCAGUGGUAACAUCUCACAAAGCUUCACUGCCACGUCACCACCAGGAUGUGGACAUUGAUGCGGAACAAGAUGCAGAACAGUCCCGUCGCCACCGCCGUUGCUCCUGUUGACCUUUCACAGCCACACCUGCUUCUCCUUUCCCUCCACACUAUAUCCGUGGCAGUCACAAACUCCUUCUCCAUUUCUGAAUUCUGUCAUUUUGAGAAUGUUAGAGAAAUAGAUUUGUAUCAUAUGUGAUCAUUAGAGAUUGUUUUUUUUGCCCACUCAGCAGAAUUCUCUUGACAUUCAUCUAAGUUGUUUCCUGUAUCUAUAGUUCUUUUUUAUUGCUGAUUAGUAGUCUGUGAUGUGGAUGUACCUUUGUUCAACCAUUCACCUGUGGAAGGACAUCUGGGUGGUUUCAGUUUGGGGCUGUUAUGAAUAAAGCUGCUAUGUACAUUCA